AUGAACAGGACCGAAAAGGGACACUACGCUGAGAUUGACACAGUAACAUUUGUGAGGGGACAGACCCACCUCUGCCUACCCCCACCCCGAUUUCCCCCCCCCCCCCACCAAUGUUUACAAAAUUAUUCCUCGCGCGCCAUGCCUGCCAAUAGCCCUAACAACAUGUCCAGCCAAUCGUCCAAUCACAGUCAGUCGGGAGAUCCACUGAGCCGGACAAACUUGUAUAUCCGGGGACUGAAUCCUAACACCACAGACAAAGACCUGGUCAAUUUAUGUAACUCAUUUGGAAAAAUAACAUCAACUAAAGCCAUCAUAGAUCAAACAACCAACAAAUGUAAAGGUUAUGGUUUCGUAGACUUUGAAAACCCGCAGGCAGCAGAGUUGGCGGUGCAAGCCUUACAGAAUCAGGGCAUUCAGGCACAGAUGGCCAAACAACAGGAACAAGAUCCUACCAACCUGUACAUUGCCAACCUUCCCGUUUACUUUAUGGAAAAAAAUCUAGAAAACAUGCUAAAGGAAUACGGGACAGUUAUCUCCACCAGGAUACUCCGCAAACCGGAUGGCGUCAGCCGAGGUGUAGGAUUUGCCAGGAUGGAAUCAAAAGACAAAUGUGACCUAAUAAUUAAUACGUUUAAUAACAAGAUGUUGACAGGUGAAUUUGCUGAUAGUGGGAACAAGAAGAAGACAAUGCCAACUGCUCUAACACCUCGACUGUUCACGCCAGGAAGAGAUGACGCAUUGCAGUUUGCCUAUGAACAACAAGCAUUGGCAAACUUAAAUGGUCAGUUCAUCAGCUAUGGGAUGCCUACUCCAACACUUUUACCUGCUGGUUUGAUCCCUAGAGGAUAUACAUCUUUACCUGCAACCACACAGGUGACCACCUAUCAAAUGUCCUCCAGUCCUGCAGCCACUGGCUGGAUGCCUCAGUACUUGUUACAGCCUCACCAAAUGUCCCACCUCCUACCAGCCACAGCAGUUCAUCCCGAUGUAUCUGCCAUGCUGGAUCCCAAUUCUCUGAUAGUCUCCUACAUGUUUACAAAAUUAACAUAUUUUACAGGACAUAUUGAAACAACAU